CUGCUGCAGGUGAAUGGAGGAGGAAAGUAAACGCUUGUUUACACUGACUUGGGACUAAAUAACAGAGCAGAACACUUUUUGCCUGAAAGCAGAUUAAUUUGAGGGAACAGAUUAACAACUAUCGUUCUCGUUUUCAUAAUCUGGAGGUCAAGUGUGGACUGUCUGAGCUGAUAUGGAGUGCAGCGGGAAGGUGACGCCCCAGUUGAUGCUGGCAGUGGGGACAGCUGUGAUCGGCUCUCUGCAGUUUGGCUACAACACGGGUGUCAUUAACGCACCUCAGAAUAUCAUUGAGAGCUUCUACAACACAACAUGGAUCAGCAGGUUUUCAGAGCCCAUUUCUCAGAGCACCCUGACAGCUCUGUGGUCUUUUUCCGUGGCCGUCUUCUCCAUGGGAGGAAUGUUUGGCUCCUUCUCUGUCGGCCUUUUUGUCAACCGCUUUGGCAGGAGGAACUCCAUGCUCGUGGCCAAUGUGUUAGCCUUUCUUGCUGCUGUGUUUAUGGGCUUCAGCAAAUUGGCAGCUUCCUUUGAGAUGCUCAUCAUUGGACGUUUUAUAGUGGGUUUGUACUCUGGCCUCUCUACGGGGUUUGUACCCAUGUAUGUUGAGGAAAUCUCUCCAACGUCUCUUCGUGGCGCCCUGGGCACGCUGCAUCAGCUCGGUGUGGUGAUUGGCAUCCUCAUGGCCCAGGUCUUUGGGAUUGAAUCCAUUUUGGGGAAUGCGUCCCUGUGGCCGCUGCUGAUGGGGUUCACUCUGCUGCCAGCCUUGCUGCAGUGUGUUCUGCUGCCGUUCUGUCCAGAGAGCCCCCGCUACCUCCUCAUUAACUGCAAUGAAGAGAGCAAAGCCUGCAGCGUCCUAAUGAAGCUGCGGGGCACCGACGAGGUGAGUGAGGACAUACAGGAGAUGAGGGAGGAGAGCCAGAAGAUGAUGAGGGAGAAGAAAGUGACCAUUCCUGAGCUGUUUCGCUCUCCCAUCUACCGCCAGCCCAUCUUGGUUGCCAUCAUGCUACAGCUGUCGCAGCAGCUGUCUGGAAUCAACGCUGUAUUUUACUACUCUACUGGGAUCUUUGAGCGAGCAGGAGUUUCACAGCCUGUGUAUGCCACCAUUGGUGCUGGGUUGGUCAACACCGCCUUUACUGUCGUUUCUGUGUUUGUGGUGGAGCAUGUGGGCCGACGACCUCUUCAUCUCAUUGGGUUGAUGGGGAUGGCGGUGUCUGCUGUGUUUUUAACUGUUGCCAUGGCUCUGCUGGACCAGCUCAGUUGGAUGUCCUAUAUCAGCAUCGUGGCCAUCUUCAGCUUCGUAGCCUUUUUUGAAAUCGGCCCCGGCCCCAUCCCGUGGUUCAUCGUAGCUGAACUCUUCAGCCAGGGGCCCCGGCCUGCCGCCAUUGCAGUUGCUGGUUUCUGCAACUGGUCUGCCAACUUCAUAGUGGGAAUGAGCUUCCAGUAUGUUGAGCAACUCCUCGGUCCCUAUGUCUUCAUCAUCUUCACCGUUCUGCUGCUCGGCUUCUUUGUCUUCACUUACUUCAAAGUACCCGAGACAAAAGGUCGCACCUUUGAUGAGAUCGCAGCAGGUUUCCGCCACUCCUCUGGUCAGGGGGCUGAGAAGUAUUCAGCUCCAGAAGAAUUCAACACGCUCAAGGGGGAUGACCCUGACCUGUAGACGCUGUCAGCACGCAUCUGCAACAAGUCACACUCAUGUUCAACGGCUCAAUGUAACACUGCUGGUUUAAUAUUCACAUGGAUAUUUAUAGAUUUAUAUUAUGUUUAUUUUAUGAAUCUGCCAUAAAAGUGAAAAUAAUGCAGACUCUCCAACAGCUAAGACUUUUGGUCAAUCAGAAAGAGUAAAUUGAAUUUGCAGUUUGCCAUGGCUGACUUCUUGCAUCAGUCUCAAGUUUGUUUUUGCUCUAUCUUCAUUUAUAGCAUUUACAGAAGUUAAUUAUUGAAUUUGUCAUUUCGGGUUUUGUAUUGUGUUCUGCUUUAACCAACUGGUUCACUGUUAAACUGUGUGUAAUAAGAUACAAUGUCUGAUAGGUCAAGUGUGUGAAAUGUGUGUAUGUUUAAUUAAUUUUAACAUUUUACUGUCUCCUGCAGUGCAAGAACUUUUCUAUGCAUACUGUACUUAUUCUAUUUUUAUCAUCACAGGUAGUCAUAUGUUUUGGUACUCAGAACUUAAAUCAACUUUAUAUUGUGUCUAAUAGUUGUAUUUUGCUAGUUUAAAAUGUCUCAGUGUGUACCAGAAAAUAAAAAAAAACCCUGAAAACAUUG